ACUCACAAAUCCCAGCCAAAGAGUCAAUCUACCACCCUUCACCGUCACGAUAAAAUGCGAGAUGGGUUAUCAGAUCCUACACCGCCCUACAAAAUGCUCCGGCGCUCUGAAGAAAGUCCGGUCAAUAAGUACAGCGAUGGGCACAGCAAAACAAAAACAUUUCACACACUCCGAGGCAAAGAUGGCGGUAAGCCCAAAGAGAACCAAGCUACACACAAAUGCAGAUGUUGCCUUCUCUGUACGUUUGUCAACAGUACUGUGUGCACAGAGAAGCUUGUACGUUUGUUCAGCCAGAUGAAAGAGCUUAACCUGGUCCUAGAUCUGUUUGCUGGUUAGCCAAUUCCUGUGGUCUUUGUUAUGCCAAGCAACCUUUGGAGUUGGCUAUAUCUGGGACCAGGCAAGAGAUAUCCUAAAUCAAAAUAAAGUAAUCUGUUAUCUUACUGUUCUGCUGCUUAAAAUAUAUACACUGUUGAUUGGGCUAUUAAAAGCACUUGGACUUCUUCUGCACACACGUUACCUGCUCAAAACAUGCAUAGAUACUCACGUACAACAAGACAUAGACCACUAAGGCCCAAUUCCUGACUGAAGAUAUGCACACACGACUGUUGGUCAAGUCCACACAGACAUCAAUGCAACAUUAACAUAAUAAGUUAUGUAGCUGAAGUUCCACAGGUGCUAGUAUACCUCCCGGGAGACCCAUGGGGCGGCGCACAAUUGGCCCAGCGUCGUCCAGGGUAGGGGAGGGAAUUGCCUUUUUUAUGCACUCACUAACUGUAAGUCGCUCUGGAUAAGAGCGUCUGCUAAAUGACUAAAAUAUAAUAUAUGGUACCGUGGGCACCAGUUUUUAGCUAGUUAACUUGUCAUUGUCUUGCCAAAUGAGCAAGCAUUGUAGAAUUCCGAAACUGACAUGCACCUAGGCGAUAUUAGUAUGAUUGUCUUGUGCGAGUAUGAUUGUCUUGUGUGCUAAUGUAUACAAUUUCGACAUACUAUACCUGGGUAUUUCAUAAAAUGGAUAGCUGCUGUAAAUUCCAUGGUACUGCAAAAAAUAUUUUGUUCAAUGGAUGGGUAGCCUAACCUGUCAUGUCUAUGAUUGCUAAUACUAUUGUAUUUCUCGUAAGUUUUCUUGUAAAUGUUCUCAUCAUAUUGUUUCUUUUAUAGGUACCAGCUGCUCUCCGCAAGAGAAUUCGCACAACCACAGCUCUCAACACAGCUCAAACUCACACUCAAAUCAAAACAAGGCGUCAGACACAGUAAGAUACUUCUUUCUUCUUGAACAAAUUAUUUCUGAAAGUAGGCAUUCACCAGGCUAUGGUUAUAAUAAUACAUCAUGGGCCCCUGAGCCACAGGACAAACUCAUAUACAAGUCAUAGGCAAGUUCUAUAGCUGCGCUAUUGAGAGCAUCUUGACGCUACAGAGGGUAGUGCGUACGGCCCAGUACAUCACUGGGGCCAAGCUCCCUGCCAUCCAGGACCUCUAUACCAGGCAGUGUCAGAGGAAGGCCCUAAAAAUGGUCAGACUCCAGCCACCCAAGUCAUAGUGUUCUCUCUGUUACCACAUGGCAAGCGAUACUGGUGCACCAAGUCUGGAACCAACAGGACCCUGAACAGCUACCCCCAAGCCAUAACACUACUAAAUAGUUAACCAAAUAGCUACCCAGGCUAUCUGCAUUGACCCCCCCCCCCCCCAAGUUAUCGUAACUCAUUGUGUAUUUAUUCCUUGUGCUAUUAUCUUUCUAGUAUUUUUCUAUUUUCCUCUCUGCAUUGUUGGGAUGGGCCAGUAAGUAAGCAUUUCACUAUUAGUCUACACCUUGUUGUUUAUGAAGCAAGUGACGACUAACAUUUGAUUAGAUUUUACGUAGACAUUUGAAUGUGUAGUCAAAUUGUGUACAGUUCAGUUUCGUGUGACAAAUGACAAUUGGCUCUGUCCGGAUGUUGUGCAGAGGAUGAUUUUGAUAUGUCGUUCUCUGGUGUUCAUCUCCAUCAAGAAGUUGAUGAUGAUAAUCUGUUGUUUAAGAGGAAAUUCUUUCCACAGCUCACCACAGUUAUACAUACAUACACUACCAUUCAAAAGUUUGGAGUCACUUAGAAAUAUCCUUGUUUUCCAUGAAAACAUACAUGAAAUGAGUUUGAAUAGGAAAUAUAGCAAAAUGCAUAUGAAAGGUAGUCAUUGACAAGGUUAGAAAUAAUGAUUUUUAAAUUGAAAUAAUAAUUGUCUUUCAAACUUUGCUUUCGUCAAAGAAUCCUCCAAUUACAGCCUUGCAGACCUUUGGCAUUCUAGUUGUCAAUUUGUUGAGGUAAUCUGAAGAGAUUUCACCCCAUGCUUCCUGAAGCACCUCCCACAAGUUGGGUUGGCUUGAUGGGCACUUCUUACAUACCAUACGGUCAAGCUGCUCCCACAACAGCUCAAUAGGGUUGAGAUCCGGUGACUGUGCUGGCCACUCCAUUAUAGGCAGAAUACCAGCUGACUGCUUCUUCCCUAAAUAGUUCUUGCAUAGUUUGGAGCUGUGCUUUGGGUCAUUGUCCUGUUGUAUGAGGAAAUUGGCUCCAAUCAAGCGCCGCCCACAGGGUAUGGCAUGGCGUUACAAAAUGGAGUGAUAGCCUUCCUUCUUCAAAAUCCCUUUUACCCUGUACAAAUCUCCCACUUUACCACCAUCAAAGCACCCACAGACCAUCACAUUGCCUCCACCAUGCUUGACAGAUGGCAUCUGUAAAGUACACAGCAUUGUACGAGAUCUUCAGUUUCUUGGCAAUUUCUCGCAUGGAAUAGCCUUCAUUUCUCAGAACAAGAAUAGACUGACGAGUUUCAGAAGAAAGUUAUUUGUUUCUGGCCAUUUUGAUCCUGUAAUCGAACCCACAAUUGCUGAUGCUCCAGAAAUUCAACUAGUCUCAAGAAGGCCAGUUUUAUUGCUUCUUCAAUCAGCACAGGUUUUCAGCUGUGCUAACAUAAUUGCAAAAGGGUUUUCUAAUGAUCAACUAGCCUUUUUAAAAUGAUCAACUUGGAUUAGCAAACACAACGUGCCAUUGGAACACAGGACUGAUGGUUGCUGAUAAUGGGCCUCUGUACGCCUAUGUAGAUAUUCCAUAAAAAAUCAGCCGUUUCCAGCUACAAUAGCCAUUUACAACAUGAACAAUGUCUACACUGUAUUUCUGAUCAAUUUGAUGUUAUUUUAAUGGAUAAAAAAAAUUGCUUUUCUUUUUGAAAACAAGGACAUUUCUAAGUGACCCCAAACUUUUGAACGGUAGUGUACAUACAUGCAUCCAAAACCAAACCCCCCCUCCCAUCUGCAGAGAAACAAUGGAGUAGAGUUACUUUUGCAUUGAGUUAUCAGCCCCUGGAACCGAAGGGUUAGCUCAACAUGCAUUUCAAGACUUUCAACCCUGUAAAGAAAACGCCUGUAAAUUACAGAGUGAAUGCCUGGCCCAAUAGCAGAGUAUCACUGCUAGCCUUGUUGAGUACGUUCUCUGUCCUCUGUGUAGACAGGAUAGGCAGGUUACCACUGAUAAGCAGAGCGCUUCAGCAUAUAGGCAUACACCCUGACAACCACAUUUGACUGAGGAGGCAGACUAGCCUAAAUAGUGUGCAGGUUUAGCUAACUUGCUCUUAUCAACAGUGCAAGGCCUAUAUGCUCACAUCCUGUAUUUAUUUACUGUGUUGUCUUUACUUGAUGCCUUCUAACAUUGCUUUUUGUAUGUUGUAGGGUCAAUACAUUUAGACUAAAAUGGGUUUUCCAGAUAAACCACACUUUCUUACAUUUGAAUCGGUUUCUGCUCAUAGAAUGGUUAUAAGCAUAAAACAAACGUUAGGCCCAAUACUUUAUUGAGGAAGGAUCUCCACACAGGACUUUACAUGUGAAUCUGAUCACUAGCCACUAGCCUUUCCCCUGAUUUUCCAUGGAGUGCUGAUCACAUCCCCGAAUGUAGGCCUACUUGAUCUUAAAACUAAAACCUUAGUUGGUAAAACUGCCACGUCCGUUUGGGAUAUUACAACAACAAAGUAGUUACUGCAAACAAUGAACACUGAUUUUCUUCACUCUGACACCAUUGCACGCGCGAUAGAUCUGUACUGCAAAAAGAACAUUCCCGCUGCAUGACACCCCUCUCCUCGGUUUCAUCAACAAAACAAAAAACAAUGGCAAAAGCGCUAGGGCGAACAAUGGUGCAAUGCGGAUUGAAACUUGGUUUGCCAAACCUACCCUAGGGUGUUAGUUUGCCUAUUUGUCGCGCCUUCUUCCCUCAGCCUCACGAGCCUGCAGACGAUUGGUCCGAGCACAUCAGCUCCUCGGGCAAGAAGUACUACUACAACUGCAGGACUGAGGUCUCUCAAUGGGAGAAGCCCAAAGACUGGCUGGAGAGGUAAGGCCUUGAAUCAUGGAAAAAGUGUCACUCUCCUAAACGCCAUACUCUUCUCCGCUUUUCCCUCAACCCUUCUGUUUCUACCCUAAAACUCAAUACAGAAUCCACAGCUGCGUGGCUGCCAUAGUCUGGUGGCCCAUUAUAACAUAUUUACGAACCUAAUUUCAUUAAUUGAACUAUAGUAGGGCCUAUAAAAUCCCUGAUGCGGAAAACACAGAUGGAAUCACUGAAUCCAGACAUUAAAACGGAAUUCAACAAUAUUAAAUGUAUUGAGCUAAUUUGAAAAUUUACAUUUUCCCAAAUUAGUAUUUUCAAGAAUCAAAAUGCAUCAGUGAUUAGUAUUUUCCUUCAACCUUCUGUAGAGCAACAUGGGAAUGCCCCUUUAUGUAUGCGUGCAUCUGUCUUUGUGUAUGCCUAGCUGUUAGCGAUGAUGCUAAUGACAACGGUCAACGAUGGAAAGGCUUUCUCAUAACUCUUCUCAACUAAAUGUUCACCACAAAGUAUCUUAUGCCUACCUGGCAGAAUGAUAUCAUGAUUAUUUUAAUCAAUCCAGUGGCAAUUUGUUUAGCAAACUAUGCAAUCACGUGCGCUACAGAAACACUGCUAACCAAACAAGUCUCGUGCUGUUGUUGAUUUAAAGGUUUUUUCCAGAUAUCAAAAGUUGUCUCCUGAUGUGGUUUAAGCAUUUUUGUGGACUUGGAACACCCAAUUUUGUUGUUUUUCUAUUGAAAUGAUUUUGAGAGCGUAAAUCUGAAAAAGCAGGGAACAAUUCUAAACUGAAAAACCAAACAGAGAAAAUUGAAUUUAGGAAAAAACUGAAUUAGGCAACAAAUAAAACAGAUUUCAUAUGGCCCUACUUUAGCAUGCUAAAAGUUCCCAAAACGGAGAUUGGUAGAGUACACAUUCUGACCGAAGUCUGAACAUGAAAUUACAUUCUGAUGUGGAAUUCAAUCAGCAAUUACACUCUGUUUAAUUAAACCUGACAGUGACCUUGCUUUUAUGUUUGUCAUUGUGUCCAGAGAGCAGAGGCAGAAAGAUCCGUCUAAGAGAGAGUCCAACACGUUCCCCAAAGACCGGGACUACAGACGAGAGUCUGUCGACACAGCCACCACAAGUGAGUAUGAAAACUACAGAGGUACAGUGUAUGGGGGGGUGUAGUCUGGGUUUCAGAUGCAGCAGUAACAUCUGGAUUUUGACUUACCUGCCUCUUUAAAGAGUACCUUUUGUUGUGAUAUUAUGAUGAUGCCUGUAUGUGAAAUCAUCUACAGUCUUACAAUAUGGCCGUGUGUCAAUAGUGAGAAGUGACUUAUUUUCCUUGUGUCCUCUCCUUCUUCUGCACUGAUCUGAAAAGACUUGACAAUUGUAUGCAUUAUGGCUAUCACCUUUUCGAUGUGUGCAAAAAGUAGACGAGGAAAGGAAGUCAUUAUGAACUAUAGAUGUGCAUCCUAUGUGUCCAAGCCAGUGUCCGCAGUCCUAACUUGUUCUUCUUUUCGCCCCACAGAGAGCACUUCAGGGGUCAAGUCCUCCUCCAACUCUGCUCCUUCCCAGUCCUCCUCUUCCUCCACCAAUCCGGGCCUGAACCAAGCCUCUGGCUCUAACCCCACCCCCUCAUCUUCCUCCUCCUCCACGGUCCCAUUGUCCCCCUCUGUCCAAUCCCAGGCCUCGGGCCUGCUCCAAGACCCCGCCCUCCUGCGGCAGCUCCUCCCAGCGCUGCAGGCCACCCUGCAGAUGAACAACGGCAGCAUGGACAUGGCCAAGAUCAACGAGGGUGAGUCGGCCAACACCACAUUUCUCCUGCUUAUUCUUUAGCUCACCAGUUGAAAUGUAGAUGAAGCAUAGGUAUCGUAAAAGAAUUGGGGGGGGGGGGGGUGUAAAAAAAAACCUGCUGCUGUACUGAAAUGUGAAACACACAUUUGGUUCUCUGAAAUUUUGAGUUAUCAAAUGACCACAAAACCAAAGUGGUUUUGAUCUUCAGUCUGAUAUUUCAGAAGACAUCCUAUUUGGUUUGAUUUCUAGAGUUUCUCUUACUCACACCAGAUAUUGAAUAGGCUUAAUACACGAUAUAGGGAGUAGCUUAAUCGAGGCGAGGUUGGUGGGUCCUAUUGUUGUGGAUGAGCGAUCCUGAGAAACUGGGUUCUUGCUUACCAAAUGGGUUGUAAAUACAAAUCAUCAAAUUAAACCACCCCAUUCAAUGACAGUUUUGAAUAGCCUAUAUCAUGUCUGCUCACCUCUUUUCACUGUCACUCAACAACCCCUCUCCUUCUCUCUUGAUCUUUGUUAAUGUAUGUGUAUGGACCCAUCUGUGUAUGUGUUACAUACAUACAUAAGUUUAUUGUUGCCUUUAUAUCUCUGUGUUUGCUUGUGUGUAUGUACAGUCGAAGUCGGAAGUUUACAUACACUUAGGUUGGAGUCAUUAAAACUCAAUUUUCAAUCACUCCACAAAUGUCUUGUUAGCAAACUAUGGUUUUGGCAAGUCGGUUAGGACAUCUACUUUGUGCAUGACACAAGUAAUUUUUCCAACAGUUGUUUACGGACAGAUUAUUUCACUUAUAAUUCACUGUAUCACAAUUCCAGUGGGUCAGAAGUUUACAUACACUAAGUUGACUGUGCCUUUAAACAGCUUGGAAAAUUCCAGAAAAUGAUGUCAUGGCUUUAGAUGCUUCUGAUAGGCUAAUUGACAUCAUUUGAGUCAAUUGGAGGUGUACCUGUGGAUGUAUUUCAAGGCCUACCGUCAAACUCAUUGCCUCUUUGCUUGACAUCAUGGGAAAAUCUAAGAAAUGAGCCCAGACCUCAUGGAAAUCUAAAGCAACUAAGCCAAGACCUCAUGGGAAUCUAAGAAUAAGCCAGACCUCAGCAAACAAUUGUCGACCUCCACAAUUCUGUUCAUCCUUGUGAGCAAUUUCCAAACUCCUGAAGGUACCCGUUCAUACUGUACAACAAUAGUAACGCAAGUAUAAACACCAUGGACCAGCACAAUGACCAUUGUUAUGUUUGGAGGAAAAAGGGGGUAACUUGCAAGCCGAAGAACCCAUCCCAACCGUGAAGCACGGGGUGGCAGCAUCAUGCUGUGGGGGUGCUUUGCUGAAGGAGGGACUGGUGCACUUCACAAAAUAGAUGUCAUCAUGAGGAAGGAAAACGUAUGUGGAUAUAUUGAAGACAUCAUCUCAAGACAUCAGUCAGGAAGUUAAAGCUUGGUCGCAAAUGGGUCUUCCAAAUGGACAAUGACCCCAAGCAUACUUCCAAAGUUGUGGCAAAAUGGCUUAAGGACAACAAAGUCAAGGUAUUGGAGUGGCCAUCACAAAGCCCUGACCUCAAUCCUAUAGAACAUGUGUGGGCAGAACUGAAAAAGCGUGUGCGAGCAAGGAGGCCUACAAACCUGGUUACACCAGCUCUGUCAGGAGGAAUGGGCCAAAAUUCACCCAACUUAUUGUGGGAAGCUUGUGGAAGGCUACCUGAAACGUUUGACCCAAGUUAAACAACUGUACAAACAAUAGUACGCAAGUAUAAACACCAUGGGACCACACAGCCGUCAUAAAAGUGGUGAUCCUAACUGACCUAAGACAGGGAAUUUUUACUAGGAUUAAAUGUCAGGAAUUGUGAAAAACUGAGUUUAAAUGUAUUUGGCUAAGGUGUAUGUAAACUUCUGACUUCAACUGUAUCUGUAUUUCUCUCAUAGUGUGUCUGUUCUCCCUCUCCUCCAGUCCUCGCGGCUGCUGUCACCCAAGCCUCCUUGCAGUCUAUGCUUCAUAAACUCCUCACUGCUGGACCGUCUGCUUUCAACAUCACUGCUCUGCUUUCCCAAGCUGCUCAACACUCCUCCAGCCAAGGUAUGGCCACUGUCACACGUUCUCCCAAUGUCACCUUUCUGGUGAUCUUUUUGAUACCUCUCUCUUUGUUAGCUAGACUGGUUUUACUGAUUUUUUCAGUGUCUUGUGGUUGAUAAAUAGAGCUAUGCCUACAUUGCGCUCUGACAUUUGCAUUUUAUUCAGAUAGAAAUACAUUGUAAGCAUUCUCCUAUUAAAUGUUUUCAGGGGAGCUGUUAUUGUUAAAAGCUGUAACUGGAAGUGUUUGACUCAUCUCUGAAGAAGGUGUAUGGGCGUCCUUCAGUUCAGGGCAACAUCUGGUAGUUUUCUGUUAAAUAAUCUAGAGAACUUUGCUAUUGAUGUAUUUAACCAGGGUAGUCCUCUAAGCAAGGGUAGCCACUGCAUUUCAUUAAGUUUUGGAUGCAUAAGAAAAAUAAAACCUUUUAAAAUAACUGUCCUUGUAGGCAUAUUUAUAAUGUAUACUAAACAAAAAUAUAAACACAAUAUGUAAAGUGUUGGUUUCAUGACCUGAAAUAAAAUAUCCUACACAUUUUCCAUGCACACACACAGCUUAUUUCUCUCAAAUUUUGUGAAGAAAUUUUUUUACAUCCCUGUUUGUGAGCAUUUCUCCUUUGCCAAAUAAUCCAUCCACCUGACUGGUGUGGCAUAUCAAGAAGCUGAUUAAACAGCAUGAUCAUUACACAGGUGCACCUUGUGCUGGGGACAAUAAAAGGCCACUCUAAAAUGUGCAGUUUUGUCUCACAACACAAUGCCACAGAUGUCUCAAGUUUUGAGGAAGUGUGCAAUUGGCUUGUUGACUGCAGAAAUGUCCACCAGAGAUGUUGCCAGAGAAUUUAAUGUUAAUUUCUCUACCAUAAGCUGCUCCAACGUCGUUUUAGAGAAUUUGGCAGUACGUCCAACCGAUCUCACAACCGCAGACCACGUGUAACCACGCCAGCCCUGAACUUCCACAUCUGGCUUCUUCACCUGCGGCAUCGUCUAAGGGAGGGUGUGUGCUGAGGAGUAUUUCUGUCUGUAAUAAAGCCCUUUUGUGGGGGCCUCCCAGGCCCACCCAUGGCUGCACCCCUGCCCAGUCGUGAAGAUUAGGGCCUAAUGAAUUUAUUUCAAUUCACUGAUUUCCUUAUAUGAACUGAAAAAUCUUUGAAAUUGUUGCAUGUUGCGUUUAUAUUUUUCUUCAGUAUAGUAAUAACCUUUGUAUGUGAGAUUAAGGUUGCUCUUAUAAAAAAUAUUUAUUACUUUGUGCUAUUCCCCUCCUGGACAUGAACCAAUAGCGGCCCAGCAGGCAAGUCCGUCGCCCAUAUCGCUAAUGUCGGAUGCCUCCUCGCCCCGCUCAUAUGUGUCGCCCAGGAACGGAACGCCCCAGACCAACCUCCUUAACCAGAAAACCCCGCUCAGCAUGCCUCCCGCCUCCUCCCAACCAAAGGUCAGCACCUCCACGGAAACUCUAAACUUGUCCAAUAAUAUUGUGUUAUGAUUGGGGGUGUAUUGUUUUUUUGGGUGUAAUUUUAACCCUGUGAUCUCAGUGUUUCUGUCUUUCUCCCAACGUCACCAUUCUUUUCUCUCCUUCCCUUUAUCUUGCUUUAAUUCUCUCUUUCUUACCUUGUUUCCUUCUUACUAUUUCUUACACUCUCCCUUUUAAUGACUUACUCUCUCCAUCCCUCCCUCUCCCCUCUGUGCCGCUGUAGGUUACCCCAGUGAAACCAGGACCAGUUUCUCAACAGGCUUCAGCAGAGAAACAUCCAGAGGAUCCCCGAACCCUACGACAGCGGAGGUAGUUUGAAAUUUGUGGAAUGUUUCUUAGACACUGUGCUCUUUUACUUGCAUGCUCCCACAAUAUAAAUAGCCGGAUGAAAUGGAAAUACAACAAUCCUGUUUUGGAUCCUUGUCAGAAGAAUAGUAUCACUCUGAGUGUGUAAUUUUUGUGGACGAACGUCCUUACUCGUAAUGCGUCAUCUACCUUUGUGCACCUGACCUAGUUGAUAUGUAGAGGCACUUGUGUAUAUCUGGAAGGACUGGAUGUAUAAAAGCGAUGGUAGUAGCCACUUAUCCAAACCGUUCCAAUCAACACAAGUGUCUAGGUGUUAGACUGGAGGUUGUUUCUGGAUGGAGCCUUACUCUGUCCCUUUAUACUACUCUGCUUUCUCUGUCGUCCAGCAGUCAGGGGAGUCCGCCAUCAGGACCUAACGGCAACGCCACCGGCGGCCACUCGCUUCCCAACGCCGCGUCAGCUCAGACCAGCACUCCCGGCUCCUUCACUCCCUCGCUGGCCUCUCACUUUGAUGAGAACCUCAUCAGGCACGUCCAGAACUGGCCCGCCGAGCACAUCGAGAAGCAGGUAGGAUCUCCACUGUGAAGUGGGAGAACGGGAUGAUCAACAUAUGGGAUUGUUGAGUUAGUAGUUUAUGUGAAUAUCUGUCAACUAUAUGACUAAAAAUGUUAUUGGUUCAAUGCAGUCAUCAUCGAAAUAAUACCACACUGUGUGGAUAUAACGGGAAUACACAGAAGGUCAUGUUAGCUGUUAAAUUAAGAUUUAUGUGAUAGCAACUUAGUAGUCAUGCAUUGAUGUUAGUAGGAUAUAUACGUAAUUGAAUUGUGUGCAUAUUAUUACGUAACAGAAGUUUUAAAUGGCAUUUAGUCUAGAUAGCCCUACCAUACAAUCACAUUUCGUACCUAGAUGGCAGUAGCUAUACUCUCAAGGCCACACUCAGGCAAUUUCCUAUUUGGAGUUGAUUGAAUACGAAAAAGCGCAACGCUCGCUUUUCGAUAAUACAAAAGUUCGGUUACACUUGCUCAUGGAGACCUGAUGGACAGAAAAGGGACACAAAUUCCUUUUUGGACCUUUUUUAAUUAUAUUAAAUAGUUAGCCAUCACUUCAACUACAAAGAGCUGAGCUACCAAACACUGUUGGAGCUGGCCAGUUAGAAGCAGUAGGUAAGCUGCCUGCCUCAGCGUACACAGACAACAAUGGUUCACUUCACUUCUAUACAUAGUGAGCGUAGGCUUUUCGGUAGUCAGGUUCAUGUGUGUUUUGGUGCACUCCCUCAACCAGCUCCGCCUUUCUCUUUCAGGCAGCACGGUUACGGGAAGAUGCCCACAACAUGGGCAGUCUCUACAUGUCUGAGAUCUGCACCGAACUCAAAAACCUCCGAUCAUUAGUCAGAGUGUGUGAGAUCCAGGCCACGCUGAGGGAACAGAGGUGAGAACAGGACAAGCGAACACACACACACACACACAACGUGUCAUAAUUGUCUUGUCUAGGAAUUGCGUCUUCAUGUCACACGAUCAAUUGCUGAUUUUCUUAAAACUGGCCUUUUCUUUCUCCCAGGAUACUGUUCCUUAGACAGCAGAGCAAAGAACUGGACAAGCUAAAGAACCAGAACUCUUACAUG